AUGUUUUAUCGUAUCUCAUCUCUCGUUAUGAUUGGUCUUGCCGCAACACCCAUUUGGGGAUUGAGUACGCCUUUGGGGCAAGCAGGAGGUACUGGAAAUGGUGAUGGACCUGGUAAUGGAGGAGUUGGGGGUACUGGCGUGGGAACUGGCAAUAACAACGGAGGAGUGCCUGGCACUGGAAAUGGUGGUGUGGCUGGGACUGGCGUUGGAAAUGGACGUGGAGGCGGAAAUGAUGGUGUUGGACAAGGACUUGGACCUGGAAAAUGCGAUUGUCCAAUCGUGCCCUCACAAAAUUUUGAGCGCAAAGCUUGUGCUCUUGAUUGGGUUGCUAAGAUGCGAAUCAACCAUUGGAAAAUCGUUCACAUGAACAAUUCAGCUCUCAACCAAUAUGAUGUCAAACCUUUGGAAGUGUUUAAAGGAAGCAAGAAUCUUCCACAGACUCUUCUCGUCCCGGUCAACUGCCAAAUGGUGCUCGCUGUCGGUGCUAAUUACUUGCUUGGAGGGUUUGAAACUGGGAACUCUCAGCUUUAUUCAACUCGCUGUCUCUCACUUUAUGGGCCAUCUCCAAUUUGGACUGUGGUCCCUCAGCAAAAGAAAAAUCAACUUCAAAACCUAAACUGUCCUCUUAACAAUGGAACAUCGGUG